AUGGAAGGUAAUGACAUCCAAGCUGAUGUUCCAUUAGUUCCUCUGUCCGCAAUUGACGAACCAAGUAACACGCAACCCUCAUUUCCUCAUACAAAUAAUAAUAAUUAUCGUGGACGUUCAAACACAGUUUCACCAAUUUCUUUACCAACAAUAGACCUUGGAAUUCGUAGAAGAUCCAGUCGUACAUUAGGUCACAAUUACAACUCACCCACUACAAGGCCUACAUUAGUAUCUUCAAGAACAUUUAUAGAUCCUUCAAAUCAAUUAUUUCGUGAUGUUGAUUUUCUUGCUCAUGAAUCUCCAAUAACUUCACAACCAAUUCGGAUGCCUUCAUUUUUGAAUAGGAGAAGAAACAACAUGUUACCCAAUGAUGAUGUGGUUGAGAUGUCAGAUGUACCAAGACGUGAAAGUUUUACUAAUCAUUCUGCUUCUUCUACUUCUUUGCCAAUUGCGUCAUCAUCUUCGAAUGAAAUUCAAGAAUCGUACGGAAAGAAUUCUAAUAAUCGAGUCAAAUUAAGGCAUACCAAAAGUCUUAGUAGAAUGAGUCAUAUACUCGCAAGAGCUUCCACCCGUGUUGUAAAUAUGUCUAAUACUUCACAAGAUCAACUUGAAAAAGAAGAAGUGGACUUUAAUGUUCAACCCAGAUCUACAAUUCGUAAAAGUUGGAAAAGUAAUCGUUUUCCUGAUAAAAAUAGUUCUAUUUCCGAUGAUAAUUAUCCUUCGCAAGAUAAAUCAAGGAAUUCCUCAUUAGGACAAUCUAAUGGUAGUAACCUUCGUUUGGCUCAGACAUUACAGUCACAAUCUCCAUUGGAAGGAAAUUCUUUAUACAUGUUCGGACCGUCAAAUCCAAUCAGACUCACUUUAUAUGAAAUUUUAAAUCAUCGAUGGGCGGAAUCAAUAAUUUUAGGUCUCAUAAUAGCAAAUAUUUUGUUAUUAAUUAUCGAUGCAUGGGACCCUGUUACAGAAAGUAAUCCGCGUAGAACAAAAUGGGGAUCAUCAGGAAUUGACUAUGCUCUAUUAGUAAUUUAUACAAUAUACACGUUGGAAAUUUUGGCACGUAUUAUAGUAUCAGGAUUGUUAAUAAAUCAAGAGACGACACCAUUUAAAAAAGCAAAAGAUUAUCCGUCUAUAUCACCAAAUGGUUCAAAGCAUGAUGUGAGAGAAACGUCAAUGGAUUUACAAUUUUCACAGUCCUCAAACCAAUAUGUUUCAAGAGUAAUAGCACACAAGUCUGCAAUGAAUACACCCUUCCUUAGGCAUACUUUUAACAGAAUUGAUUUAUUUGCAGUAGUAUCUUAUUGGAUUGAUUUGCUAAUUACUUUAUUGGGAGUUAACCAUUUCUUCUUAUUUAAAGCAACUUCAACCUUAAGAAGUUUCAGAUUAUUGGCUAUUACAAGUGGUAGUGCCACAAUCCUGCAAUCAUUGAAAAAGAGCGCCCCGUUGUUGGUUAAUGUGACAUCAUUUAUUGGAUUUUUCUCUAUAUUAUUAAGUAUAAUUGGGGUACAAUCAUUUAAAGGAUCACUUUCUAGGAGAUGUGUGUGGAUAGAUAUAAAUAAUUCAUCAAAUUCUUUUGUACAUGAUGAUCAAUAUUGCGGAGGUUGGAUAGACAAAGAUGGAGUAACAAGAGUAGCUGGUUCAUUUGCUCCUGGUGGAAAAGGAUUUAUUUGUCCCGUUGGUCAAAUGUGCGAGGAAGUCGGAAAUCCUUAUGGCGGAUUGGCAUCUUUUGAUAAUGUAUUUUCUUCCUUGAUUUUAGUUUUUGUUAUUUCAACAAUUCAAAAUUGGACAGAACUUAUGUAUAAUGUGAUGGAUUCAGAGUUUGAUUUCGUGAGCGUAUUUUUUAUCAUGACUGUAAUCAUUUUAAAUUUUUGGUUAAUUAAUUUAUUUGUGGCUGUGAUUACGAAAAUGUUUGCAAAAAUUCGAGAAGAUUCAUCACAUUCUGCUUUCACCCUGUCCAAAUCGACACCGGUUUUAUCUGAUGAUAUGGAGGGUUGGACAUUACAAGAUAUAAGACAGACAACAAAAACAAGUUGGUUAACUCGUAGAAUGGACGAGACCAAAUAUGUUUGGGUUUUUUUAAUAUUUGUUGAUUUAUUUAUAAUGGCAUUUCGAACUUCUAUUAUGCCUCCUCAAAAAGAAAUUAUUUUGGAUCGAGCUGAACUAAUUUUUACAAUAGUAUUUGCGAUUGAAAUCGCUUUGAGAUUAUUUUCAUAUUUGCCAAAAUAUCACUUAUUUUUCCAAUCUACAAAGAAUAUUGUUGAUUUUACAUUAUCUAUUGUAACAUGUAUUAUACAACUACCUUUUAUUAAAGAAACUGAAGCUUAUCCUUAUUUAACUCUAUUUCAAAUUCUUAGAGUUUAUAGAGUUAUUAUUGCAAUUCCUAGAUUAAGAAAUUUAUUGGUCAGAGUUUUAGGAAGCGUAGCAGGAUUUGCAAAUCUAGUGUUGUUUAUUUUCAUCGUUAAUUUCAUUUCCGCCAUAAUUGGAGUGCAAUUGUUAAGAGGGUCUAUUCCAAACGAAGAAGUAAUGAGAUUUAGUGAUAUUUUUAAUAGUUUUUUGGCCCUAAAUCAGUUAUUUUCAGGCGAAGAUUGGACAAAUGUAUUAUAUGAUACGAUGCAGUUUGAAUCUGAAAAAGGAAGUAAUGGCACUGCCAUAAUAGCUGUUAUAUUCUUAAUUAUAUAUGUAUUCUUAUCGAACUUUAUUCUGUUGACUAUGUUCAUUGCUGUCUUGCAGGAGAAUUUUGAGAUUGCCGAAGAACAAAAACAUAAAAUACAGCUGCAAAAAUUUAAACGUAAUGUUGAUUCAACUGAAAAGAAAGAUGAUGUUAUUGAUAGAUGGAAUUUUUAUAAAUAUUUCCAGGCCAAGCCAAAAGCUUUAGCUGUAGAAAGUAUCCCAUCUAAUUUGAUCUUGCAUACACAAAAAAGCCGAGUAAGGGAUUUUUUGACAGAUAGUGAUAAUUUUACCGAAAAAAAGAAUUUUAUUGAGAAUGAAUAUAAGAAAACUUCAACCAAUUUUGUAAUUCGUCUAAAACGAUAUUUUGGUUAUAAUGAAGAGAUUAAUAAAACACCUUUACUUGGAAGUAGAAGAGGUUCAAAUUUCGAUGAUGUUCAUGGAACGAAUGACAUUGGUGAACCUAUUAUUGAUAAACCUAUGGAAGCAUUUUUAGAUGAUUUUCAAGAACGUCAAGCUAUCAAAGCUGAUUUCUUGGCCGCUCACCCAAAUUAUGAUGCAUCACUUUGGUUUUUAUCACCUCGUAAUCGAUUUCGAAGAUUCUGUCAACUUCUUGUUCAAUCUAGUCAUGAUGAUCGUGUUUAUGGUACACCACCCUCACAAACAUGGAGUUUUGUAUUCAGUGUAUUCAUCUAUUUAUGUAUUAUUGCAAGUGUUAUUCUUGCCGCAUAUGCGAAUCUGUCAUAUCAAAAGGAAUAUUUCAACCAAAAUGGUGACAAAGGAAGUACAUGGUUUUGGAUUACAGAUGUUGUAUUUACUGGUAUCUUUACUGUAGAAUUCUUUAUUAAAAUAAUUGCCGAUGGAUUUCUUUUAACACCAAAUGCAUAUUUACUUAAUGUUUGGAAUCAAUUAGAUUUUUUUGUGCUUAUUACACUUUACAUUAACAUUUCAAUUGCGGCAACAAGUACUGGAGGCGUUGCAAGAACCGUUCGUGCAUUUAAAGCUUUGCGUGCACUUCGAUUGAUUAAUUUAUCUAGCUCAGUGAAAGAUACAUUUUAUUCUAUUUUAAUUGCGGGGGCUCCACGUAUUAUUGAUGCCGCUUUGCUUUCUAUAAGUUUAGUCAUACCUUUUGCAAUUUAUGGGGUUAAUAUUUUUGCUGGACUGUUCUUUUCCUGUAAUGAUAAUAAUGAAAACGGUAUUAUAGAAAAAAGUCAAUGCGUAGAUGAAUUUAAGAAUGAGAUUUAUAAUUUUCCUGUGUUAAUGCCAAGAGUAUGGGAUAAUCCUUUUGGAUAUAAUUUUGAUAACUUUAAAUCGGCUUUACUUAUAUUAUUUGAAAUUAUUUCAGGAGAAGGAUGGAUAGAUGUCAUGGUAACAUCUAUGAACAUUGUGAGACGAGAUUUUAAUUCGGAACAAGAUCAUUCUAAGUGGAAUGCAUUGUUUUUUAUGAUUUUUAAUCUUGCGGGCUCUGUGUUCAUUUUGACAUUAUUUAUAAGUGUAAUCAUUUCUAAUUAUCAAUCGAAAUCUGGUACGGCCUAUCUGACCGCUGAUCAGAAACGAUGGAUUGAUUUGAAGAAAUUAUUGAAACAGAUUACGCCCUCAAAGAUUCCAAAGAAACGGCCCAGUAAUAAUUUUAGAGCUCUUUGUUUUGAUUAUGCUACAGAAAAGCGAGGAAUACUUUCAAAAACCAUGAGUGUCAUUUAUAUUUUGCAUAUCUUAUUGUUGAUGACUGAAGCAAAGGGUGCUCCACCAAUUUGGGAUAAAAUUAGAGAAAUCCUUUUUGUUAUUCUUAUUAUAAUAUAUAUGAUGGAAUUUUCUAUCAAAGCCAUUGGUUUAGGAUGGAAAGUGUUUCAAAAUAAAUGGAAUUUAUUUGAUUUUCUCGUGGUUAUUGGAGCUGCAGCAACAACAAUCCCAAUUUUGAAAAGCGAUGUGAUGAAUCAAUUAUUUAAAAAUAUGGUCGGAAGUUUACCAUCAAUUUUCAAUUUAUUUGCAGUUUGGUCUAUCAUUUUUGUUGUGUAUGCUAUCAUGUUUAUGGAAAUAUUUGGUUUAACAAAAUAUGGAAAAAAUGGAGGUGAACAUGUAAACUUUAGGCAGUUCCCAACCGCAAUGAUAACACUGAUUAGAAUGUCAACUGGAGAAGGCUGGAAUGCAAUUAUGCAUGAUUUUUCAGUUGAACCGCCAGAAUGUGUAGCAAGCAACAACUUGUAUAAUUCAGAUUGUGGAAAAGCUUGGAAAUCAGUCGAUUUUGAUAGAACUGGAUAUAUAAAAAGCAAUGAAAUUUCAAAAUUCUUUUCGAAACUUGAAGGAUCAUUUCAAGUACGAAUUUAUCAAGAUGAAUUUCUUAUUCCAAACCUUAUAAAAAACACUCGUGUUAUUAAACAUUUAGAAUCAGGGCAAUUAUGGGGUAGUAGUAAGCAAAGAAGUAACCUUGAAGUUGAAAAUCUUGAUAUCAAAAAAUUGGAACAUAGUUUAUCAAAAAUUAAUUUGAAUCAAGUGUAUAAGCGAAGAAAAACUUAUAAUCAAUUAUAUCAAGAAGCAUUAUUAUCAGUUGAAAAAGAUUCAAAUGGAAAUGAAAAGGGAAUUUCAUUCACUAGUAUGCUUAUAAUGCUUGCUCAUUAUAAGUUAAUUAAUGAUGAUAAAUGCUUAGAGAUUCACGAGUAUAUAAAACGUAAAGAAAAGUUAGAAAAAGUUAUUGAUAACGUAAAUAAGGAUCGUGUAAAAUCUUUAUUACGUACAAUUUAUUGGCAUAAAAAAUUCAAAGCAAUUCAAGAGGAACGAUUAAGGAGUGAAAGAAUGAGUGAGAUGGUUGGAGGUAUUGACGUCCCACGUAUUAUGGUUAAUGAUUCUGAUGCACAAAAUCUAAGAAUUGACACGAGUUUAAAUAUUAAUUCACAAAUAAAUAACUUAAGAGAAGCUUCAAGCCCAAUAUCUUCUAUUGGUACACCAAUAUCACCUCAAAUAACCGGAUCGUCCGGUUCUUCCAAUUCACCUGGAUCACCUAAUUCCACUAAUUCUGAUCAUAUUUCAGAAUAUUUUGCGUUAAGAACUUCACUUGGAUACGUUUACGGAGAACAUUCUUCAAGAAUAUCAAGUGAUAUUAUCGAAGAAGAAAAAUUGUUAAGAGAAAGUUGGAAUUCAAUUGAUGCUAAUACAGAAAUGGAUGAUCAAACUGCUGAUCAGUUAAUAAAUAAUUUACAAAGAAAUGUCGAAUCAUGA